CGCCCCAAUCCUCAACUCCAACUCAUCUCCUCUCGUCUCUGUCUGAAACCCAAAAACAAAAACGACGAAAGUAGAGGAAAUACAUUCUAUCUCCUUCAUCUCUUCUCUCGAUUUUCUGCCAAGGAAAAAAACGAAAAAAGGAAAGAAAAUGUCUCUACCUCUCGUCUCCUCCCUCGUGUUCUUUCUGGAAACCGAGCAGGGGCCAAAAAAAACAACGAUGAUGCUCCGCACAACCCUCAAACCGAUGUUUCGGGGCGAGGUUUCGAUCACGCAAAGGAGGAGGAAGUCGUCGUCGGCAAAGAUCUCCGACGGCAACGGCGACAAAGACGAGAAAGAUUAUGGCCGGCGAAAAAGUGUGUUCUGGUGAAAGUUGGCGUCUGGAAUUUUGAAGGAGAAGAAGAGGAAGAAGAAGAAAAAGAGUGGGGAUUUUUGUUCCUUGUAUUGUCGGUGGAAAAGAAGAAAAAGAAGGAGAAGAAGCCGUCUUACUUUUAGUACUGUAUUUGUAUGUGUUUGAGGAGAGAUGAGAGGCUUAUUUUUCUGUUGGUUUCUUUAGGAAGGCGAAAGGAAAAUGCCAGAGGAAGAAGAAGCCAGUCCGUCCCCCGUCCCCCUUUGCAAGUACCCAGGGGGUCUUUUUAUAAGGAAAAGGGCUGCUUGGUCCCCAAGCAUGCUACAGUACCGGUCCGAGUAUGGCCGGUUUUGGUAAUGGGUUGGACCGGGUCAACGGGUCACUUUGGUCAGCUUUGACUAUAGUUUACUUUUGUUGACCGGGCUUUGUCCUAGACACUGGACACUGUUUAUUUUUGCACAAUCUGUAACCACUAUUGUGAUUAAUUGUAACGAAUUUGUAAUUAUUAGUUGAUGGCAAUCUAUUUUCUUUAUGGUUCUCGUCAUCUCAAUUUCGGUUCAUGUAAAUAUAUGGGGAUCAAAUCUAUUGAAUUGAUCAACCCUACAACACUUUUGAAUAAAUUGUGACAACUAAAGUUAGCUAUAGCCAUCCA